GCAGAACACGUUGGCGUAGUUGGGGCAUUGUUAGAGUUGAGGAGAAAUGCGUGGUACUGUCUGGCAGUUUUACCUAUGCGUAAGGAGUCUUUAGGUUUAGUGUAGAUAUAAUAGACAUUGCUAGGGUCACCAGAAAGUGUGUUUUUCAAACAACUUAAGCGGCCAUAACUAGCAUCAGGGACACAUAAACUUGUGAAAGCAGAAGUUGGCAAGCUAGCUAGACUUUAUCUUACGAGCUAGCUAGGCACUUACUCCUCGCUCACAAAGACGCACAAAACUCUAUAGCUACCUAAUAUUUUACUACCUAACCUUUUACCAAUUCGACAGUAACGCGCCGAUUCUUCUAAAGUAGGAUGGUCAGACUUUAAAACUCAUCUUUGACUUUAAACCUCACGUAGUGCAGGGAUCUGUCUUUGUCAAGAUCACUAUUAUACGACAACCCUGAGCGACAGAUUGUAUCAAUACUGUCUUAAAUCGUUUGUCAGGUAACGGUAAAGUAGAUACUUUUGGCCAAGAUACAAAGUAUCUUUAUUUUAAACGAAAUCGUAUGUUUUAGACGGCCUAAUUUCCCGAUAUUAGCUAACUGUUAGCUAACACCACCUAGAAGGAAAAUGGCUAGACAGGGAAGCAGCCGGAGGCAGAGAGUCUAUCCUCCCAGUCUUUGAAAAGCGAAAGUAGGGCUAGCUGGCUAGUAUCCGUAUUAGCGCUAGCUGAGCUAUCAGUUUUCACUUGUCUUGAGGGUGAAGUGAAUUGCAUAGGCAAUUAGCCAGGAACGCUAAUGUUAGCUUAGCGUAACUAGUAGGGCACAUGACUAGCUCAUUUUAAAUGCAAGGGAACCCCGAUCCUGUGAAACUAGUUAGGUAGUCUGGAAAGAGCAGCCAACAAAUAUUGGACUGCAUUGAAAUACCCCAGAAGGCUAGGAAACAACUUGAAUACGACUAAGACAGUUGGAUGUGUCUGUCAGUUGUAGCUCGAUGCUUCUUGUAGGUAGCUCGCUAUAACUAGCAAAGUUAGUUCUAGCUGCUAGGCUAUCUAUCUAGCAUUAGCAGGUUGCUUUACUAGCCAUUUCAGUUAGCUCGGAGCUGGCCAAUCAAGUUCCCAGCUAGCUUGUCCUAACUAGCCACCAAAAAUGUCAAAUCCGACAAACGAAGCUCUGUUCUUGAUAAAAGACGUGAAGCCUGGAUCGAAAAAUUUGAAUAUUGUUUUCAUUGUUCUGGAAAUCGGCCGUGUGACUAAGACCAAGGAUGGCCACGAAGUGCGCUCCUGCAAGGUGGCCGACAAGAGCGGCAGCAUCGCCAUCUCGGUGUGGGAUGAGCUUGGGAGUCUCAUUCAGCCUGGAGACAUCAUCCGCCUGACCCGAGGCUACGCCUCCAUUUGGAAGGGCUGCCUCACGCUCUACACUGGAAGAGGAGGAGACCUGCAGAAGAUCGGAGAGUUCUGCAUGGUGUAUUCAGAAGUGCCCAACUUCAGUGAACCCAACCUAGAGCUGCUGAAUCAGUCCAGCCAGCACAAGACUGGUAAGGGGGAUCAGAAUCAGAGGGGAAACUCUCCACCCAAUCAGAACUCAGGUGCACCUGCCCAGCCAGGUAAUGGUGCCAUGCAACCUUUUGCCAGUAACAACUCCAGUAGCACUCCUGCUUUUGGAGGGGGUGGGAGGCCCAACGGCCGUUCCCCUGGUAACGGGGCCCCCCCUGUUUUGGCCGGGGGACCCUCCAGUGCCCCCAAGCCCGCGGUCACCAUUAGCAACGGACGUGACCCCCGUCGUGCCAAAAGAUAAAAUCGGAAGACGAGAUUUUUCUCAUGUCGUGUGUCUGACGCCUCCUAUGAGCAGCCACACCUGGCAUUUACAAUUCAGGCACUGAAAAUACUAUUUAGUGGAGGUUUUAAAGUACGUAAGCUGAUAGCAUGCCGGUUGAUCUAUCAGUUCGCAAUAAGCACUGCCAUCGUGGAGGACCAUGACUCUGACCUUUCUGGAAGACUUGUGAAGGCACAAACGGUGGGCAGUGACCUCACCCCUCCAGGACUCACGGUCAUCUCCAGCACUUAGGCUGCUCGUCCCUCACAUCUCCCUUCUGUUGCCUGAGAAUACACACCUACUUGAACACUUGAUGCACUUUCUUCUCUUAAUUUAUAGCGGACAUGUUACUGUCAGUUGAUUCAGGAAGUGAUUUCUGCUGUUUGGGGGAAAAAAAUGCCUCAAGUAGGCAAAAUUACUUCAAAGAAUGAAUUGACAAGCUUUUAAACUCAUCUGAAGGGUGUCCCUUCUCAACCAAAAUGUAUUGAAAGUGACCGUGUGAAAGGAAAAGUUAUAUAUGAUUUGUAACUGUAGGUUGGUUAAAUUUAGAGAAGUACAUCUAUGGUUCUUAUGAGAUCUAAAUUUGUAUUGUAAUCAUGUGUGGGACCAAGAACUGCUGGCUAAAGGGUUCAACAAAUAAAGUUUUCAAUGUUC